AUGGCGGUAGUUUUUGGUAUCUCUAAGACACGUGCUUACGAAUACUACAGCGAAGUCAUUUUGGUCCUCCAGUUGUGCUUUCUUGCUGAGGUGGUCCACAUGCCGCGCACCCAAGCUGAUUGGGAUGAAGUGCGGAUGGGUUUUGAAGGUCAUGGCUUCCCAAUCGUCUACGGUACUCUCGAUGGCAGCCUCAUUGCAGUGACUCGAUUCGCGGACUUUACUGGUUGGUAUUGUCGCAAGGGUUUCACGGCGUUCAACAUGCAAGCAGUAGUGGACCACCGCUUGAGAUUCAUGUCGUAUUCUCUGCGCUCUGGGAGUCAAAAUGACAACGCACUUUUCAACAACUCCAAGUUCGGGCAAACAUGUCACCGUAUGGUUCCACGCGGUGGUUGGUUUUUGGGAGACGCGGGCUACAAGUUAUAUGCACAUAUUAUGACCCCGUACCCCAUCAACGACGACAUGACAAACGACGAGGUCAACUACAAUCUUCUAGAUAGUCGCACGCGUAUGGCCGUUGAGCGCGCCUUUGGACGCUGGAAGAAUCUGUUUCGAGUGUUUAAAACCGAUCUCCUCCACCACCACCCCAACGACAUGGCGCGAAUGAUCGAAGCCACUGAGAGCGUGUGGGGACUAGUGGGGACGUUUGGGGACGAGUAG